GAACAAACCGUGAAAAUCAUGUCAAACUCGGUGUUUCAAAUUCUUUUGCUUCUGGUUUCCCUCAUGGUACAAGCAUCAGGAGCCACACCGGGACUUGCAAGGCCUAACUGUGCUGAAACGUGCGGGAACGUCACCGUUCCCUUCCCCUUCGGAAUAGGAAUAGGGUGUUUCUUGGAUGACUGGUAUGAGAUUGUCUGCCAGCAAAACAACACGGUCCCUAUACUAAAUAAGAUUGGAUUGAGAGUUCUCAAUAUUUCACUCCCCAAUUUUCGUCCAGACGGGGAUGGCAUGAUAAAGGUCAGUCUUCCAGUAAUUUACUCUACGGCAAGCUGCCAGGGCAAUGGACUUGUUGAGCCGGUGAGCUUAGAAGGAAGUAAUUUUGUCUUCUCCCAGAGAUGGAACGUCUUUACAUCGGUCGGUUGUGACAUCAGGGCAACGGUGAUUAGUACAAAAGCAGAUGGUAUGGCCUUUACAUCGACCGGUUGCAGGUCGAAAUGUGCUGGAACCAACACCAACAUUAGCUGGUAUAGUGCUUGCUCCGGGAGAGACGGAUGCUGCCAGACUAAUCUCCCCUUUUAUCUUCAGGCCUUUAGUGUGGAUGUCAAAGAAGACGGUGGACAACAGGGGUGCAAGUACGCUUUCCUGGCAGAUAGCUCAUGGUUCUCGAAUGUUACAGGUUUAUAUGAUUUGAGAUUGAAUGAUACGGUUCCAGUGGUGUUACAAUGGGGGAUCCAAAACGUUACCAACGAUAUACUUACCAACUAUUCACUUGCGCUUCACGAAAGCUCGACGAAUUCUGAUGUUAUCACGUGUGACACGAGGGGCUUGCCAUAUGUGGAGUGCUGGUGCCGAAGUGGGUAUGGUGGUAACGCUUAUAUUAUUGGAGGAUGCCAAGAUAUUAACGAAUGUGAAGAUUCAAAUAUAUGCCCCGGGACAGGCUCGACUUGUGUGAACAAACGGGGCGGCUUUGACUGUGUUGAUGGUAGAAAGACAACUAAAUUCAUUCUCAUUGGGGUUGGGGCAGGCCUUGGGGCACUACUUUUGUGUCUUUUCUUAUGGUGGUUGUACAAAUACAUCAAGAAGAGAAAAGAAAUCAAGCUCAAAGAGAAGUACUUCAAACGCAAUGGCGGUCUUUUGUUGGAAAGUGAGCUAUCUUCACCAGAAGGCAAUGUCGAGAAAAGCAAAUUGUUCAACUCCAAGGAUUUAGAGAAGGCCACUGACAAUUUCAAUGAUGAUAGGAUACUCGGGCAAGGUGGGCAGGGUACCGUUUACAAGGGAAUGUUAACAGAUGGAAAAAUAGUUGCGAUUAAGAAAUCGAAAGUGAUAGAUGAGGGUAAAGUCGAACAGUUCAUAAAUGAAGUCUUCAUUCUCUCACAAAUCAACCACAGGAAUGUGGUUAAGUUAUUAGGGUGUUGCUUGGAGACGGAAGUGCCGCUAUUAGUAUAUGAGUUCAUACCAAAUGGGACUCUAUACCAAUACCUGCAUGACCCAAAUGAAGAGUUUCGUGUAUCGUGGGACACACGUCUACGAAUUGCAACUGAAAUCGCAGGAGCCUUAUUCUACUUGCAUUCAGCAGCCUCCAUUCCCAUUUAUCAUCGAGACAUCAAGUCCACCAAUAUCCUCUUGGAUGAGAAAUAUCAGGCAAAAGUGGCAGAUUUCGGUACAUCCAAGUCUGUUUCCCUCGAUCAAACUCAUGUGACCACAUUGGUGAAAGGGACUUUCGGCUACCUAGAUCCCGAGUAUUUCCAAUCGAGUCAAUUCACAGACAAAAGCGAUGUGUAUAGCUUUGGAGUUGUCCUUGUUGAACUCUUAACGGGCCAAAAGCCAAUCUCGUCGCUGAGGGAACAAGAAGGAAGAAGCCUCGCAACCUAUUUCAUAAUUUCGAUGGAGCAAAAUCGCUUGUUCGACAUUAUGGAUGCUCAAGUUUUGAAAGAAGGUAAGAAGGAAGAUAUCGCAUCAGCUGCUAUCCUUGCGAAAAGGUGCUUAUACUUGAAUGGGAGGAACCGACCUACAAUGAAAGAAGUGGCAAUGGGGUUGGAAGGGAUAAGGAAGCUCCCAAAUCCUUUAGAUAUUCAGCAAAAUCAAGAGAACCGUGAGGCAACUGAAUCUUACAAUGUUGCUUUUCCAUCUAGCAAGUCAAACAUUGAUAUGGAUGUCAUUACACUGUCGGAUGUGCAGCCACUCUUACCUACCGAGACGUGGUGAAUAUUUGUUUUGCCUCUUACACCAAUGAGUCAUAUUGCUGUGUUUGUCAUGGAAAUCAUUGUUCAGACCAAAGGAAAGAAGGGAGGAAAACUUGUUCGUUUACUAAUAGGAGGA